AUGCCGGGCCGGGCCAUGCCCCCGGCCCGCCCCGGCCCCGGGCGGGGCUGCCCCGUCCCCGCCCCGCCCGCCCCGCCGCGGUCUCGCCUCCGCCCGGCUCUGGGCGUGCUGGCGGUGGCGCUGCUGGGCGGGCAUCAGUGCCCGGGGCUGGGGCGGCAUCGCCGCCCUUUGGCUCCGCCUGGCCCGAGCCCGGCCCCGGCCCCGGCCCCGGCCCCGGCCCCGGCUCCUCCCGGGCCCCGCGGAGGACACACGCGGCACGGCCGCUGCCGCCUCCGCUGCGGCUGCCCCGGCCCGAGCUCCGCCGCUCGGCAGCGCGGCCGCCGGCCCCGAGCCGCCGCUGUCCCGGGGCCGGCAGAGAACGCCUGGGGAUGGCCGGCCCGGGGCGCUCGGGGGGCGCUCGGGGCUCCUGUCCGAGGAGGAGGCGCGGGGGCUGCUCCGCAGGUGCUGGAGGCCGUGCGGCGCUGCACCAGCUGCGGGGUCCUGCGCAGGGACAUCAAACCAGGGAACAUCCUGCUCGACCUGGCCACCGGGCAGCUGAAACUGAUCGGCUUUGGCUGUGGCGCCUUCCUCCGAGACACAGCCUACACCCAGUUUGCAGGAACCCUGUCCUACAGCCCACCAGAGUGGAUCCACCACCAACGCUACCACGGCGAGGCAGCGACGAUCUGGUCCCUGGGCCUCCUGCUGCACCACCUGGUCAUGGGGAAGCACCCGUUCAGGAGGGGCCAGGAGAUCAUCUGGGGGCGGAUCUUGUUCCCACGGGAUCCUCAUCUCUGGCCACGGGGGAAUACCAGAGCUGGGAAACAGCAGCAGCUCGAGAGCAUCCCGCUCUGGCAGCUGCUGAGGAGGUGGCACAUGUCCUGCUCUCCUGCUCUCCUCCAAACAGAGGAUCCAUGGGGAAGUUUAGGCCCAGCUCUGGGCACACCCAGCAUGGCCUGGGCAUGGGAACAGGGGGCAACUUCUCCAACUGACUGGUGAUUGCUGGUUUCUCUCCCCACAGUGCCAGGAUGUCAUUAAGAGGUGUUUGUCCAUGCAGCCCUUGGACAGGCCAUCCUUAGAAGAGCUUUUCCGUGAUCCUUGGGUGCAGGGUGUUCCUCUGCCCUAGAAGAUGGGAGAGAUCCACGUGCACAGUUGGAUCCAGGGGCUUGGCAGGUAACAGCUCCACACAUCUCUUGCAAUCAGUGGCAAAGCCAACCACACAGGUUUUGUCCUGCCUGUAGCAGGGCUCAGCAGAAGGGGCCUUGGGGGCCUUGAGGAUCACAUAGAUGACAGCAGUGUUGCCUGUGAGUCCCACAGCACAGAUCACAGAGUAGAUCACAGGCAGGACAACGUAGAAAUCAGCUGCCUGCUCCUGGAGGGUGAAGUUGAACCUCAUGGUGUUUUCCGGAUAGCAGCUGUUGCCUGCAUUGCUGCAGGAGCUGUUCAGAUCAUCCCAAAAGGAGAUGUUUCCCAUGCCUAUUAAUCACAGAACACCCUCAGAUGCCACUGAAAGCCUCUCUAGCCCAGGAGUGUGAGAGAUUUUUUGUUUGGUUGGGAUUUUUUUCCCCCCUCCUGUGUGAAGCAGCUGUUACCUCAUUUAGAUGCAGCUUAUUUUCAAAGGGGAGCUGUGAGGCUUCAUGGACCACCUAACUUACCUCUUCCCCCUGUUAGAUUUUGAAGUGACGAGGGGAGAAAAAAAUGUUUGGAAGACAUAAGGCUCCAUGAACCAAGAAAACAAGAGAAUAAUGACUUUCUAAAUAAGUCAAGGAACUCUUCUUUCUGAGA